AUGGAAUCUCCUGCCAAUAUGGAAUCUUCUGUCAAUAUGGUAAAAUCUUCUGCUUCAUCUCAAAUGAAUCCAUCUGAUGAUUCAUCAAGCCCUUACUAUCUGCAACCCAGUGACAACCCUGGAGCUCUUCUUGUUUCUAAAAUUUUCAAUGGUGCGAAUUAUGUUGCUUGGAGUAGAUCAAUCUCGAUUGCUCUUACUGUAAAGAACAAGCUUGCCUUUGUUGAUGGAAGUCUGCCUCAACCCAGUCCUGACAACACUAAACUUCAAGUUGCUUGGCUGCGAGCAAACAACCUUGUUUUAUCUUGGUUGAUGAAUUCAAUUGCAAAAGAGAUUCGGGGAAGUCUUCUCUAUUUCAAUACUACUUUUGAUAUUUGGGAUGAACUAAAGAAUCUUGCCGAUCGCCAACAAGCUGACUAUGUGAUGAAGUUCUUGGUUGGUUUACAUGACUCUUAUUCAGCCAUUCGAAGUCAACUACUUCUUUCUCCUUUACCAUCAAUGGGGAAGGUCUUUUCUUUGUUGUUGCAAGAAAAAAGUCAAAGAUCUUUAACAAAUGCAGUAGGGCUUCCUCUUGAUUCUCAUGCUAUGGCUGCUGCACAACCACCCAGACAAAUUUUUUCCAAUGCCUCUAAGUUCAUCAAACUCAAAGGAAAACCUGAUGUUACUUGUUCCCAUUGUGGAUUCUCUGGACACCUUGCAGACAAGUGUUUUCAGAUCAUAGGUUAUCCACCAGGGUGGAAAGGCCCUCGAGGAAAAAGAUUCAAUUCAACAAGAUUGCCCAAUGCAAACAAUGCAUCUUCUUUGGAGCAAAACUCAAACAUCCCAAACAUAGCUUUUUCUCAAGAACAAAUACAUAAUCUGAUCACUCUUGCUAAUAGCUUGUCUACUUCACCUAUUAAUCCUAAUCAUGCAGUUAAUAUUGCCUCCACAUCAGGUAAUCACUUCACCUCAUGCUUGGCUGCUGAUUCUUUGAACAAUAAUUCUCCUUGGAUACUUGAUACUGGAGCAACAUAUCAUAUGAUCUGUUCUCCUCAAUUUUUCACUUCAAUAAAAUUACCCACCAAACCCUCUUCAGUCCAAUUACCAAAUGGUCAAUCUGUUCCUAUUAGUUUUACAGGGACUGUCAAACUCUCUUCUGAUUUGGAUCUCAACAAAUGGAAGAUGAUUGGUCUAGCUGAAGUUAGAGCUGGCCUAUACCACCUCAUUAAUUUUCCUACUAACACACAGAAGGGAUUACCUGACUCAAACAACUCCUUUUCGGCCAACACAUCUACCAUCAGUCCUGACAUAUGGCAUUCUCGGUUGGGACAUCUUUCUCCUGCCAGAUUGAAAAUCAUUAGUUCCAUUGAUUCUUCUGUAAAAUCAUCUCACAAGCAUAUGCCCAUACACGUUUCACUUGGCUUUAUCUGA